GGCUUGUCGAUGAGGCAGAUUAGAUUCAGAUUUGAUGGACAACCAAUUAAUGAAACAGACACACCUGCACAGCUGGAGAUGGAAGAUGAAGACACUAUCGAUGUGUUCCAACAGCAGACGGGUGGAGUGUGUUAA